AUAAUGACCGAAGGUUAAUUGUAAUCUCUGUCGAAUUUAUGGUUGUGACGUAUGUCCAUUAUAGGUCGUUUCUCAUAUUAAUAGGAUCGCAUCGCUGGAAACAGUCAGUCUCUAUUUGCACGUAGAUCUUGAAUACCAUACUUAUCACUUCCAUCGAUUCUCUGUUGCGAUCAAAUCCUGUAAUUUUCUUCAAAUUUAUCAGGAAUCUUUUUCAACUUAGUGAUAUCAUCAAGAAUGAAAAUGACGGCUCCGAAAAUAGUGAUCCUGGUCGCCUUUUUUGUCGUACUGCUCAGUGCAUGCUCUGAGGGCAGGCGCAAGAUGCGCCCCAACAAGGACAAGAAUGCUUCUCCCGGACGGAGAUGCCCAGGGAAUCAAGAGUGGACAAACUGCGGUUACUGUCAGAACCUGGUGUGUGGGAUCAAAAUGCCCGCCUGCCCGAGGAGAUGCUUCAUGGAUUGCCGAUGUCCCCGUGGUCAGCGACUUCUUUCUGAAGACAGCGACAUGUGUGUGGAAGAAUCCAGGUGCCCAAGCCCAAUUGACGCCAACAUUACUGAAUAGAUGCUCUAUGACCAUACAAUAGAUCAAUGGUCUUCGGGGUUGAUCUUAUACAGAUGUCAACACCGGAAAUGAUGAAAUAAUAGUUGUAGUCACCAGUAACUGACUUGCCACUGAAAAAAGGCUGACAGUCUUCUCUGGCGUUAUAUGCUGGACCAACAUAGAUCAGGGUUAUAAUAAUUACUAUUGACACUCUCUAGACAUUCUGUUAAUAGCGUUUCUUAUCUUUUUAAUGAAUCUUGUAAUAAGGAGUAACAGGUAACAUAGCGACCCUCUUCUUGUGGGCCCAUUUUAAAUAAUGGCCAUCUUGCCAAGGACACGUACACCAACGAAUCCAUAUUGGAUUGGAUCAGUAUUACCAUCGCAUUAUUAAAAGAAUGGAAGGUAUUAUAUUAGCUUACUGUUAUUUUGUUCUAAGGUAUAACAUUACAAUUUUGAAUGUGGAACAAAGCCAAGUUGACUCAAACACGUAUAAUCUGUGUUCAAAAUGACUAACAUAUACGGAGGAAAUUUACGACAUGAGGGAGAAAAGGAACAAUCUUCCGAAAGGAUCAAACAAUAAUUUCAGGAAUCAUUAAAACGCGUUGGCAAAGUUGACUUUCUGGAGCCAUCAAAGUGACGUUAUUUAGUUUAUUCUCUUUUGUUUCCGUUAUUAAUAUCACCCUGAAAUAAAUUAGCCACUUCCCGCUCUGCGUGAAUGCAGCAAUUUGUGUGUGUUAUUUAUGUAUUGUGUAUGCGGAUGUGAAAAUUUGACUUCGUUUGCACAAACUUUAGAAAUUGAGUUUUAAUAAAUACUGAACAAUUUGUAUUAUACUGGACUAUAAUUAUUGGAAUAAUAAAAAUCUUUGAAUAAUUUAACCGUCA